AUGAAUUCAAACAGUUUAAACGAAAGCUCAACCGAUUCCUCUUCAUCUUCAUCUAACUCGGAUGAUGAGGGAAGGGAGCUUAGAGUUCAACAACGUAAUGAAGUGUGUCUUAUGAUACAACACGUAAUGCAUGAGUACAUUCCACCAAUUAUUCAAGCUGCCACUCAGCAACGCCGACGCAAAUCUACUGAGCCCCGAAAGGAUAGGGGACGCGAAGAAGGUCAUGCACGGCGAGAUGCGGCAGGUCGUCUUGGUUUGUCUCCACUUCAAAAGUGCACUGCGGCCGUUAGACAACUAGCUUACGGGUGUGCUUCAGACGCUUGUGAUGAGUAUGUCCGUAUAAGUGAGGCAACUUCACGAUUGACACUCCAAAAGUUUACAGAAGGUGUCAUCAACCUGUUCGGUGAUCAGUACCUACGCCGUCCAAACAUCGCAGAUAUGGAAAGAUUGCUACGUAUUGGGGAAGAACGUGGAUUUCCUGGCAUGAUAGGCAGCAUUGAUUGUAUGCACUGGGAGUGGAAGAAUUGUCCACACGCAUGGAAGGGGCAGUAUCAAGGAAGAGAAGGAGUUGCAACUCUCGUACUGGAGGCAGUUGCGGACAGAGAUCUAUGGAUAUGGCAUUCGUUCUUUGGGAUGCCAGGUAGCUCCAACGAUAUUAAUGUGCUUCAUCGAUCCCCUGUGUUCGAAGACGUCUUAGAGGGUCGAACACCUCCUGUGAACUUCGUAGUCAAUGGUCAUCAUUAUACGAAUGGGUAUUAUCUUACUGAUGGAAUCUACCCUAGAUGGGCUUCUUUUGUGAAAUCCAUUACGAGUCCACAAACUCGUCAGGAUCGUUUAUUCGCAAAACACCAGGAAGCUGCAAGGAAAGACGUUGAACGCGCAUUUGGGGUCCUUCAAGCUCGUUUUGCCAUUAUUAAAAAGCCGUCUUUGGCGUGGGAUACCGACAUACUCCACAAUAUCAUGAUCGCCUGCAUUAUAAUACAUAAUAUGAUCGUUGAAGAUGAACGAGAGACGUAUCAAAAUAACGUUAAUACCAAUGAGUUUAUGAAUGCUGGAGGCAACGCUAAUGAGGACACUACUGAGUACCGUACUGAUCGUAUUGUGGAUAUCAGCUUAUACUUGUCUCGUAGAACAGAGAUUGAGGAUCAACAGACUCAUUUGCAGCUAAAAAACGACUUGGUCGAACAUAUAUGGAAUAAAUUUGGUAACAACGAAAACUUAGGCAACUAG